UUGAUAUUUUCUUCCAGGUCUACGCCUCUCAGCGCAUGCGUGCUGGCAAAGGUAAAAUGAGAAACCGUCGUCGCAUCCAGCGUAAAGGGCCAUGUAUCAUCUACAACCAAGACGCAGGAAUUGUCAAAGCCUUCAGAAAUAUUCCAGGCAUCACUCUGCAGAACGUGAACAAACUGAACCUCUUGAGACUCGCUCCUGGUGGUCACGUGGGGCGCUUCUGCAUCUGGACAGAGAGUGCUUUCCGCAAGUUGGAUGACCUUUAUGGCACUUGGCGCAAACCAGCCACCCUUAAAAAUGGCUACAACCUGCCAAUGCACAAGAUGACCAACACCGACCUGGGCAGGAUUCUCAAGAGUCAGGAGAUCCAGAAAGUACUCCGUGCUCCCAGUAAGAAGCUCAACCGCAGAGUACUAAAGAAGAACCCUCUGAAGAACCUGAGGAUUAUGCUCAAACUGAACCCUUAUGCCAAGACAGCAAGACGUCAUGCCAUCCUCAAGCAUGACCCCACGGUGAGAUGGAAUUACCACUUUACCAAAAGAUAAA